GGAUUUCAUUGGCCUAAAGACAAACCAUGUGAUCAUAACAUGAAGUCACAUGAUCCCAUUAAAUCCAUGUGGUGUAGUUCUUAAAGGUUUAAAAUGACAUCUAUUGGGGAAUGAGUAUCAGAAAGGUAUAAGAGACAUGGAAUUGAAUGGCAAUCAGUCAAAGAUGACAGAAAAUGCAAAAUAUAUUAAAAUUCCUGAAAAGUUUGUCAUAUGCCUGUUGACUGCUGCUGCAGCUGUUCUUUGUUACCUGAAUUCUUUGAAUGGAGAUUUUGUGCAUGAUGAUUUGUACGCCAUCAAAAACAACAGGGAUGUGACAGGGAAGAACUCAUUGUGGUCCAUCUGGGGUCAUGACUAUUGGGGGAAGCCGAUGUCAGACCCCCGCAGUCAUAAAUCUUACAGACCAGUCACUGUGCUUAGUUUUAGGUUGAACCACCAUCUUGGUCUGGGAUCUCCCUACAGCUUCCAUGUUGUCAAUGUCUGCCUCCAUGCUGUAAUGACCUUGAUGUUGACCUAUGUCUGUCAGACAAUUUUCCGUCUCCCUGCCCAGUGCUGUCUGAUGUCUGGUCUUCUGUUUGCAGUUCACCCUAUCCAUACUGAGGCAGUGUCUGGAAUCGUCGGACGAGCCGAUGUCCUGGCUGGUAUCUUCUUCCUGCUAUCAUUUAUUUCCUACUUCAGGAGCUUAGAGGUGGAUAAACGGCCAUGGGAUAGAGGGGCACCUGCCACCAAACACUGGUCCCUGAUGGCUGUCAGUGUAUCCAUGGCAACAGUCUCCAUGCUGUGCAAGGAGCAAGGCAUUAUGGUCCUUUCUGUCUGUGUCCUAUUUGAUGCUGUAUUCUACAGUAGACUGAUUCAACAGUAUAGAUCUUGGAAUAAAAUAAAGCCAUUUGUGUGUAGAUUCAUCUUUGUGGCAGGAAUGGGACUGCUAAUUUUGUCGCUUCGUCUGUGGAUAAUGAGAAGGGAACUCCCAACCUUUCUACACCAGGACAAUCCAGCCUCAUUUUCCUCCUCAUUACUUACAAGAAUCUCAACCUAUGGCUUCCUUUGGUUCUUCAACAUUUGGCUGCUGUUGUUUCCAUCACAGCUGUGUUAUGAUUGGCAGAUAGGAAGUAUUCCAUUGGUGGAGAGUUUGUUGGAUUUUCGUAACCUAGCAACAGUGUCAUUGUCUAUUGCUCUACUACUUUUGUUGCUAAGAUGCUGGAAAGAUGCAAAGACAGAGGAGCCUAACUCAGCAGUGAUAUCUGGUGUUCUACUUUACGGCCUGCCCUUCAUCCCAGCAUCUAAUCUUCUGUUCCCUGUGGGCUUUGUUGUGGCAGAGAGGGUUUUAUACUUGCCAAGUGCUGGAUUCUGCAUUUUAGUAGGAUAUGGUGCGGAUCUUUUAUUGAAAAGUUUUCCUCAAAGAAAAAACAUGUUGGUUUUCCUUUUUGCAAGUUUUCUGGUAGUCAUGGCAACCAAAACCAUGAGCCAAAACAGAGUUUGGAGGUCAAGAGAGACCCUUUUUGUCUCUGGUGUAAGAACUCUUCCACACAAUGCAAAAACUCACUACAACUAUGCCAACUAUCUCAAGGAUAUAGGGGAGGUAGAGUCAGCCAAAACUCACUACCAAACUGCUCUAAGCCUGUACCCACACUUGCCUAGUGCUCACAAUAAUCUGGGAACCCUUCUCAAUGACACGGUUGCAGCAGAAGUUCACUACGAGGCAGCACUGAAGAUAACUCCGGAUCACAAGGGUGCGAUGAUCAACCUUGGAACAUCUCUCAUUACAAGAGGUCAGUACCAAAGAGGUAAGAAAUGGAUUGACAAAGUCCUGGACCAAGAUCCAGAAAACCUGGACGCCAUUAUUGUGAAGGCUUGGGUCACUAUGGAGGAGGGUGACUUGACUCUGGCUGAGAAGUUCUAUCAGAGAGCCCUACAGAAAGACCCUAGGAAUGCAGAGGCCUUGUAUUACUAUGGGAAAUACUGGCAGAAAAGAGGUGACCUUGAGAGGGCCGUGAGGUUGUUCAGGAGGUCGUUCCUUACAGACUCGGGCCAGUGGAUGGCCAUGGUCAGUGCAGGAGAUGCUCUCAAACAACUCGGCAAAUACCACGAGGCAGAGGAAAUACUCACCAGAUCGCUAUUGAUAAGCCGCAGUGUUCCAGCAUUAGAUACUCUCGGACUUGUGUAUUUUCAUUUGGGGAGAGUGUCAGAUUCCAUAAACAUGUAUGAAGAAAUCCAAAAAUUGGCCCCCGAUAAUGCAGAGUCCCUUGUUCACUAUGCUCAGAUACUUGGAAACAUGGGAGAAUCAGAGAGAGCGAAGGAGAUUUUAACUCAGGUAUUACAAAGAAAUCCACAGAAUUCUGACGCUUUGGUACAGAUGUCCAAUGUCCUAGGACUGCAGGCCAAACACUCACAGGCUUUGGAUUACUUGAGAGAUGCCAUCAGGAUAACUCUGACAGAGAACAACAGGCACAAACUAGAGACACUGUUUUUCCAGCAGGCCAAUCAUUAUAAGGACUUGAAGAGAUAUGAUGAAGCUUUACAGAGCUACAAUGAAACCAUAAAAAUAAAUCCUCUACAAAAGGAUGCUCAUCUCAACAUAGGAACCAUCCUACAUCUACAGAGAAAAUACAGCAAGGCAAAGUACCAUUAUGAGCUAGUCCUGAAACAAGACCCUGGAAACCAAUUAGCCAAAGCAAACCUAGGGAAACUAAAUAAUAUUCUGAACAGACAUACAUAGCACUUACAAUAAGUAUUGAUCAAAAGUCAGGGUAAUGUUGAAGUACAUGUAUUAUAUUUGAUUGUUAGUUUUCAAUUUAUUUCAGUGCAUUCUGAUUCAUCUUCUCAUUCCUUUGCAAACAAUACAUGUAUGCUUCCAACACAAAAAGGAUCACCUUUAA